AUAUUUCUUUUUUGCUAAUAUUUGCUCCCGACUUUGUGAUCAACACAACCCAGAUAAAGAUUAUAUCUGAAAAAAAUUUAAUCUCCGGUCAACUGAACAAAUCUAAUCAAGAUCGAACUUUCCAAAAAUGCACCAAUUAACUUUUGUUGUGACAGCCAUCUUAAUUUUACGUUCAGAUGGUACAGCACUAAGGGAAACACCAAAUAGAUGUCGUGAAAUGAUUAACUUCGUCAACAAAAAUCGUACAUGUUGGAGAGCCGGUGAAAAUUUUCCUGAGAAUAUAACAAUGGAAAGUCUGCAACGUCUCAACGGAGCCCUCUUUAUCAAACCUCAGUUCCGCCCUAAAGUGAAAUACUACGACAUAAGCAGAAAAGAUAUUCCGGAAUUCUUUGAUGCCAGCGAAGAAUGGAGUGAGUGUAACGACGUAAUUGCUACAAUCCGACAUCAGGGUCAGUGUGGUGCUUGUUGGGCUUUUGCUUCUACUGAAGUGAUGGCUGAUAGACUCUGCAUAGCAACUGGUGGAAAAACUAAAUUUCAGUUCUCCCCACAAGAUUUAUUAGAAUGUUGUAGCCAAUGUGUGCCGCAAGGUCAUGACAAAUGUUUUGGAGGAUACGUGGCAUCUGCUUAUAAAUUUUGGUUCAACAAUGGUAUAGUAUCUGGAGGCGACCACAACGAUAGUAAAUAUACGGGAUGUAAACGAUUUUCGACUGAAGCUUAUGAAGACGCAGUGGGCCCGACUUCGUGCCAACAAAAAUGCCAUUCAGAAUAUGGCAACAGCUACGACAACGAUAAAAAAUUUGGAAGUAAUGUUUACCAAAUAGAUACCCACGAGCCACAAAUUCAAAACGAAAUUAUGACAAAUGGUCCAGUGACAGCUAUUCUUGAAGUUUAUGAAGACUUCUAUAACUACAAAAGUGGUGUUUACCGAUAUACAGCAGGAAAAUCCAUGGGUAAUCACGCAGUUAAAAUUGUGGGAUGGGGAACGGAAGCUGGCAUCCCAUACUGGUUGGUAGCAAAUUCGUGGGGAGCAGAGUGGGGUGAUUUAAAUGGAUUUUUCAAGAUAUUGAGGGGUCAAAAUCAUUGUGAAAUUGAACAGCACAUUACAGCUGGAAAAUCCUCUUCGGCUGUGUACCGUUCGAUUCCAGGGCUUGUAAUUUUUAUUAUCAUACUUAAGUUUACUCUACUUUAUAAUUAA